AGUUAAGAUAUUGUGGUGACAUCGAUUUAUUACUUUAUCAAUAUCUCAAUGACCAGUAUUUCUAUAAAAGGUUGUUAAUCUAUUUUGGAUAGAUAAUAUACAGUAUGUUUUCUGUUAAAAAUUUUGUGUUACAUUAUUUGCUGCUCUGUGUGAGUUACACUUGUGGAGCGCUUAACAAUAAACGGUUUCCUGAUAACUUCUUAUUUGGUACUGCUACGGCAUCGUAUCAAGUUGAAGGAGCGUGGAAUAUUGAUGGCAAAGGUGAAAACAAUUGGGAUAAAGUUACUCAUUCUACACCAUCUCCUGUUCGUGAAAAUGCAACUGGUGAUAUAGCUUGUGAUUCUUAUCAUAAAUACAGAGAAGAUGUGGAUAUAUUGAAAACUUUGGGGGUGAACCAUUAUAGAUUUUCCAUAUCAUGGUCAAGAAUUUUACCAACAGGAUUCACUAAUAAAAUUAACCAAGAUGGAUUAGCUUAUUAUGCAAAUUUGAUAGAGGAGCUGAAGGAAAACAAUAUUGAACCAGUAAUCACCAUUUUUCAUUGGGACACCCCUCAAGAUUUAGAGAAUAUAGGCGGUUGGACAAAUGAAGUUAUAAUAGAUUUGUUCGAGAAAUAUGCGGAAUUACUUUUUAAAACUUACGGUAAUGACGUUAAGUAUUGGAUAACGUUUAAUGAGCCUAAACAAACGUGUCAGGGAGGAUAUGGAUCUGGAGAAAUGGCGCCUGUUAUCAAAUCGCCCGGAAUUGGAGAAUAUAUGUGCGUGCAUAAUGUGUUGAAAGCUCAUGCAAAAGUUUGGCAUAUGUAUAACGAUCAGUUUAGAGAAAAUCAAAAAGGUCAUGUUGGAAUAACGAUAGAUACUCAGUGGGCUGAGCCUAACAGUAACAGUGAAGAAGAUGUACAAGCUGCAGAAAGAUUUCUUCAAUUCACAUUUGGUUGGUAUGCCAAUCCCAUAAUUAACGGAGACUAUCCAGAAGUGAUGAAAAAAUUAAUUGCCGAUAGAAGUGAGAAGCAAGGCUUUGAAAAAUCACGAUUGCCGGUGUUCACUGACGAGCAAGUAGAAUUUAUCAAGGGUACUGCUGACUUUUUGGGCGUUAACUACUACACCACUCGAAUGGUGCAACACACAACCGAUCCUCAAACAAUGGUAUAUGACUGGAUAGCAGACAUGGAGAUACACUCAUACCAAAAAGAUGAAUGGCCUUCAACUGCAUCAAAUUGGCUAAAAAUUGUUCCUUGGGGAUUUAGGAAGCUAAUGAAUUGGUUGAAAGCUACCUAUAGUGAUAUACCGAUAUUGAUCACGGAAAAUGGGGUGUCAGAAGAUGGUAGCUCAUUAGAAGAUGACAUUAGAAUUUAUUAUUUUCAAGAGCACUUAAGUAAUUUAAGAGAUGCUCUAGAUGAUGGAGUUAAUAUUUUUGGUUAUACAGCUUGGAGUUUGAUGGAUAACUUCGAAUGGAUGAAAGGAUACACGGAGAAAUUUGGAAUAUAUAGUGUUAACUUUUCAAGCCCCAACAGGAUAAGGACGCCAAAAAAAUCGGCAGAUUAUUUUAAGUACGUAAUGAGAACGAGAUGCCUUGUACAAGAAUCCGAUUGUGUAGAUAGUGUUUGAUUGAAUUCUCAGUUUUCUAGUAUCUACUAAACAGAUGUUUUCAAUUUAAUUUUGAAGAUGUUUUUAUUUUCUAUAAGAAAAUAUGUAAUUCAAAUAUAAGUUUCGUCAAAUCAUCCUACAAUAAAUUUAUAGCAGUAAUAGAAAAAAAUCACAUCAUAAUCUAACUAGCUCCUAUUGAGAAACUAAAAAUUAAAUGAAUAUUUGAUGAAGUUUUGUUCUUUGGUUCACAAACCUAUAGUAUUGAUAUUUUCUCAGUCAUAUGAUAUACAAUUGUAUUUAUAUUCAUCGACUCGACAUCGACAAACGGGAUAGGCGAUGACAUCAUUGUCAUCAAAGUCAAUAUUUUCUAGUUACUCCCAAAAUAUGAACCUAAUCAUAACCGUUUGGUAGAAAAAAUAAGGUCUUCAAUCAAUCAAUAAAAGGUGAAUUCCUAUAGUAAGAAAUAAGUUAGUGUGGAAAUAACGUUUCUUGAAGUUCCAUAGACAUUUAGAAAAUACUGUCCUACCAUAUCGUUGGGGCCGCUUAGUUUGCUUGAUAAUUAAUAUCAAUGAUCUCAUGAUUAUAAAAAGCUAUUCAAAGAAAGGUUCACAAAGCAAUUUCCAUAGAGAAAAUAUGAAUAAAUUUGUCAUUAAAAAUAUUUCUGGAAAGUAGAAAUAAAUAUUUAUUCAAUGAGUAACCUAACAUAAAUAUUUUUUUCAAAAUGUUUUUAAAAUAGGCAUUAAUAUCAGGAUCAAUUAAAGUGAUGCUUAUCGCGAUUAUAAAUAGAGAUUAUCGAAAAAAGCCACUGGUUGACUCAUCAAAAGUGAAUUGUACUAACUAUAAACUACAACUAAUGAAGAUAACUAAUAAUAUGCAAAAUAUUGAUGAUUGGCGGCAAUCAAAGCAAUGGCUUCAUUAGCCUACCAUCUAAAAAUUACUAUCUAUGUCAUUCAUUUAAUGCACCACUGUCUGUUUCUGAACCACACUGACUGAGAAUGAAAAACUGUCGCGUUUCAGAUGAUUGCAAUGUCUUCGGCCAUACUCGGCCCGAAAACGCAUCAUAUCAUGAAUUUAAAUUAAAACUCAAAAUGUUAAAGUAAUUUCUGCAUUUCUGCAGAUUACUGGGGAUUACUGGAAAUCGCCGAAACCAAAAUAUCAUUCAUUACAUCACUGUCAAAUUAGGCAACUAUUUCAGAAUACUUCGAUUAAUUUAAGUACAUAUAACUCAUUAUCUCCUCAGGGAAUUAUAUUUUCCAUUGCCAAAAAUAUGUUUUUAAAAAAUUUAUUAAAUUCAAAAUUACAAUAAUUAACGAAGCGAAUUAACUAUAAUUCGUUCAUUUAAAAGUUAUUUACAACAUUCGUAUUUAUAAUAAAAUAAAUGCUGACAAAGUGUUGAUGAUAUUUGAUCCUAUUGCGUAUUAUUCAAAGAAUCUUCAGGAAUUUUCUCCAUGUAACAAGGGCGCAUUUUUUAUAUCUUCCGUAUACUAAAAAGUAUGUUAUGUAGUGGUGAUAUGACUUUUAAAAGAACUAUAUUAGAAUAUAUCGAAAAUGAAAAUAGAAGAAAAAAAGAAUCAGAUAUACAAGGUUAAUCUUUUCGAUCACGAACUUUGAUACACACUACAGAAGCAGCAAUAAAGAUUCAUGAACAUAAUUUCAAUUAUUCCAAUACAAAGUAUGUAAGUAACUUAACUUCUUAUUUGUACCUUGAUUUAAUAGCUUCGGUUUUUGAGACAUGAAGAGAGAGAGAAAUGCUUUAUUGUUAAAAAAUUGUUUACAAUUUGUAGACAAAAGCUUGUAAGAAACUAAGAAACAAAUAUACAAAUAACUAAAUAAGAGACAAAUAAAAUGAAUCUAAAUAUAAAGUAUUCUCGUAAGUACAUAAGAAAAUUUUAAUGAAUAAACAAAUUACCUUUGAAAAUAUACAUGUCAAAAUUUCUAUAUUUUUAUAUACAUUUAAUAGUUAUUGCUCUGGUUACUCGAAUUGCAUUUAAAAGAAGAUCUGGAGCUUCCUUGUAGCAUCUCGUGUUUGCAACAAUAGUAAUCGGUACAAUUUCCUAUUACUGCAUCAUAUCGAAUCUGGUAGUAGAAACAAUAAAGUCUAAAUUAUAUUAUUCCAUCUUUUUCAGAGAAUAUGCAAUCCAGUAAUUUCCGUUAUGGAGCUGGAAAAAGAAUAUUUGUAAUAUUAUGAUUUCUGUAAAUUAUACCUUGUAGAGAAAAGCACUCAAUAAAAAUACUGAAUUUCUUUCCUUCGCUGCUAAAUAUAUAUAAUUGUAGAAGCCAAAGGAAAUAUCUUAAUCAAUGCAAAUAA